AUGGUGACAGAUGUGUGCCAUAACGAGCAGCCUGGAGCGGACCGGUCACCUCAGCUGAGGCGCAGGAAACCUGUCCACCCGGCUGAGACGCAGGAGCAUGGCGACCUAGAGCGCCGGAGAGAGAGCAUACCUGACGGUACCUCCUCCCCGGCGCGUUCGGCUCCAGCCGUAGAACGCCAACCAAAGAGACGAUCCUGGGGAUCAGGAGCAGACCGAUCACCCCUGCUGAUGCCAGCACGGCCCAGGGUGAGCUGCGCUGCCGUGCCUCAUUUAGCAGGGACACAAAUGGAACAGCUCAGUCACACAGAGUCCCGGCAGAGUCCUCUAUAUGAGUAUGGCUGGAACAAAAGAGUGAACUAUGAGCCAGGCACAGGCAGCAAGCAGUUGUUUCCCAAGAUGCAUCUGGAGACGUGUGGAGGGCCUCUCUCCUCAGUGAGGACCAUGGUGGAGCUACAGACCAGCCAUAUUGGGAAGGGCUGCGACCGGGAGACCUACUCUGAGAAGUCUCUGCAGAAACUCUGUGGGGCCUCGUCGGGCAGCACAGACCUUCUCCCUGCUCCCAGCAUCUCCACCAAUUGGACUGCUUCCCUUGUGACAGACAGUGGGCGGGACAGCGACCUCAUCUUCCGGUUUGACGGGCGGCAAGCAGCAAAGAUUCCUGACCAGAUGGUACCACAGAACCUGACGGAUCAGUUCACAAUCGCCACGUGGAUGAAGCAUGGCCCCACUCCUGGACUGAGGGCGGAGAAAGAGACCCUGCUCUGCAACUCUGAUAAGACAGAGAUGAACAGACACCACUACUCCCUUUACGUCCAUAACUGUCGUCUGGUCUUCCUGCUCCGAAGAGACUUCACCCAGGUGGACACCUUCAGACCUGCAGAGUUCCACUGGAAACUGGAGCAGAUCUGUGAUAAGGAGUGGCACUAUUACGUCAUUAACGUGGAGUUUCCUGUGGUGACACUCUACGUGGACGGAGUGACCUACGACCCUUACCUGGUGACAGAUGAUUGGCCGAUCCACCCAUCUCAGAUUGACGUGCAGCUUACUUUGGGUGCCUGCUGGCAAGGUGGUGAGGUGACGAUGCCGCGGUUCACUCAGUACUUCCGGGGCAGUCUGUCAGGGCUGACCAUCAGGCCAGGGAAGAUAGAGAGCCAGAAGGUAAUCUCCUGUCUACAGGCUUGUAAGGAAGGACUGGACAUCAACUCACUGGAGAGCCUGGGCAAGGGCAUCAAGUUCCACUUCAACCCAGCCCAGUCGAUCCUGGUGAUGGAGGGCGAGGAUCUGGAGAACAUGAACGCUGCUCUGAGGAAGGUCUCCUACAUCAACUCCCGCCAGUUUCCCACACCGGGCAUCAGACACCUGCACAUCUCAACCUCAGUACAGUGUUUUGGGGAGGACACGUGUAUCUCCAUCCCGGACAUCGAUGCAGUGGUGAUGGUGCUGCAGCCCAGUGAACCCAGGAUCACCAUAGCUGGGGUGGACAGACUGACCAGGCCAGCAGCUGACCUCAGAGGACCAGCCGGACUCACUCUGUUCCAGGACCUUCACAUCAUCAGUACUGUCACCAAGGGAGACACAGCCUCACACCAUACAGCGGGCAGGCUGGGGGUCCAGGAGGAGAUCAUCCAUAACCUGGACUACUGUGACAUCCUGGUGCUGGGGGAGGAGCUGAGGCCGGAGCAGGAGGGUCUCCAGCUGCAGCGUAGCACCCUGCUGGGGAAACACCUGGACGCCACCAACUCCACCUCCGGCAUGUCUAUAUACGGUGUGGACUCCAUGUCCAACUAUGAGCAGGUGAUCAGACAGGUGCAUUACCACAACUGGCACCCCACCCAGACCCCAGACAGGAAGUUCCGUCUCACCUGCUCCGAGCUCAACGGACGCUACACCAGCAAUGAGUUCACCCUGGAGAUCAGUGUACUCCACAAAUCAGAGGCUGGGGAGCAUGUCAAUCACAUGGUAGCCCCGCCCCAGUACAUGCAAGUGGUUCAUCAUCCCGCCAUGGUCCACAGUCUAUACCCCACACACGGUUCAGGAGUCCCCAGUGCUGCCACAGUGGUGAUAGUGAUCUGUAUCGCCGCCCUGGUGGUGGUGGUUGUGCUAGGCAUCUACCGUAUUCACCUGACACACCAACAGGAGGGCAGGAGCUCAGACACAACCAAGGAGGGAGAGCUGGACUGGAACGACUCAGCGCUCAAUAUCACAGUCAAUCCUAUGGAGAGCUUCCAGGAGCCCCAGGGAGCUGAGGAAGAGGCCAGUGAGGAGGAGGAGGAGGAAGAUGAAGAGGAUGACAUCACCAGCACAGAGUCAGACGACAGCGAGGAGGAGGAGGUUCAAGGAGCUCCCAGGGUACAACAGAGCAGCAAGAGGGGCCAGCUGGACUGAAUAAAAUUAUACAUACAUACUGAUAUACACACUGAUGCACACACAUACACACUGAUGUAUAUACACACACACGCUGAGGCGUCAACAUACUCACUACUAUAAAAUAAAUUGUUCAAGUCAUGAGACUACCUGAGAUUUCUCUGAGUUGAGGUAACAUCUCCCCCUACUGGUGAAAAAAGGAAAUGGUAUUAAGAAUAGAAUGAGCACUAAAGUGAAAACACACACACACACAACACCAGUCUGAAUUUAAAAAGACUCCUUUCCUUUAUGUCAAACUAUGUGGUGUUAACUAAAGGCUACCCUGUGGUACUCCAAUGCUGUAAUACUAUCCUGUGGUCUUGAGUACCUCAGACCUCAAGCCCUCGUCCACAAGCUGAAACCUUACCUACUGUUUUUUACUGAGACUGUGAAAAAAAGACAACAAAAUGUGAAAAUACUGUAUACAACUGAAAUUGCUUGUCAAACAUCUGUUUUCCACCUAUUUUUUCAGGGUCUAAAAUCUUGUCUGAGAAACUGUGGUCCUAUAGGUCGCUGUGAUCUUUUGUAAUGGUAACAACCAACUAAUGAAACAAAUACCAAAUGAUAGUCUUUGGGUGGAGUUUUCCUUUAAGAUGGUACAGUCCAGUAUAGGGGAACACCUUCGAUCCUUACCUUGAUACACUAUAUUGCAAGAGUAUGUGGACACCCCAUCAAAUUAGUGGAUUUGGCUAUUUCAGUCACAUCCGUUGCUGACGGGUGUAAAAAAUCAAGCCCACCGCCAUGCAAUCUCCAAAGACAAACAUUGUCAGUAGAAUGGCCCUACUUAAGAGCUCAGUCACUUUCAACAUGGCACCGUCAUAGGAUGUCACCUUUCCAACAAGUUAGUUCAUCAAAUUUCUGCCCUGCUAGAGCUGCUCCGGUCAACUGUAAGUGCUGUUAUUGUGAAGUGGAAACAUCUAGGAGCAACAACAGCUUAGCCACAAGGGGAAGGCCACAGAAAGGGACCGCCGAGGACUGAAACUGAAAAAAUUAUGUCCUCGGUUGCAACACUCACUCCCGAAUUCAAAACUGCCUCUGGAAGCAAAGUCAGCACAAUAACUGUUUGUCGGGGGCUUCAUGAAAUUGGUUUCUAUGGCCGAGCAGCCACACACAACCCUAAGAUCACCCUGUGCAAUGCCAAACAUCAGCUUGAGUGGUGUAAAGCUCACCACCACUGGACUCUGGAGCACUGGAAAAAUGUUCUCUGGAGUGAUGGAUCACUCUUCCCCAUCUGGCAGUCCGACAGACGAAUCUGGGUUCCAGUAGAACGCUACCUGCACAAAUGCGUAGUGCCAACUGUAAAGUUUGGUGGAGGAGGAACAAUGGUCUGGGGCUGUUUUUCAUGCAUCGGGCUCGGCCCCUUAGUUCCAGUGAAGGGAAAUCUUAUCGCUAAGGAAUACAAUGCCAUUCUAGAUUAUGCUAUGCUUCCAACUUUGUGGCAACAGUUUGGGAAAGACCCUUACCUGUUUCAGCAUGACAAUGCCCCCGUGCACAAAGCAAGGUUCUCACGCAAUUGCACACCCUAUAGAACUGUUGUGCAACAUGAGCUCAUGGGCUCUCAUUAAGUGUUUGAUUAGAUUUGCGAAUACAUUUACAUUGAUGUGAGAGUGAUUAGAGGGACAACAGAGUGCUGAGGACCAGGCAGUUAGCAAGUUUGGUAGACUACUAAUUACCAUCAGCAGCAUAAGAGCUUGGAGAAGCCUAAUUACCAUGACUAAGCGGUCAUUUGGAAUUUGACUGCCUUCAUGACUCGUGACCGACAGUGUGGCGGUAAUAAGGUCACCGCAACACCCCUACAUACAGAAAUGGUUUGUUGAGAUCGGUGUGAAAGAACUUGACUGGCCUGCACAGAGCCCUGACCUCAACACCAUCUAACACCAUUGGAAUGAAUUGGAAUGCCGACUGCAAGCCAGGCAU